UAAUUUGACAACUUGUGAGCCUGUGACGCCUAAAUCAGGCGACGGACGUCCAUGUGUUGAGGAAACACGCCAAACAACUUGUGCUUUCGUGGGGACUGGGCUGACACGCCACAUAGAAACUUCUAGCAACAAAUCGUCAGAAAAUAAGCAAGUUUACAAUAUUUUACAUCGUCGGAUUAGUUAAAUUCUUUUGUUUAAAAGGUCUUUAAGUCAACCAUGUCGGUUAUAAACGAGGAAAAUGUGCGUGGUGGUGGUGGGGAGCAAUUAUUUAAAGACAUAAACGCAGAGGAUGAUGAGUUGGAGCCUACGAUAGUGGAGUCUCUGUGUAUGCACUGCUACAAGGAUGGCUCCACGCGUUUACUCCUGACCAAAAUCCCCUUUUUCAAAGAAAUCAUAAUCUCCUCGUUCAGCUGCCCGCAUUGUAAUUGGACAAACACCGAAAUCCAAUCGGCUGGACGCAUUCAAGACCAAGGCGUCCUUUACACCCUGAAGGUGACGUCAAAAUCCGACUUGAAUCGCGAAGUGGUAAAAUCCGACAGUGCCACAACUCGGAUACCCGAGCUGGAAUUCGAAAUCCCAGCUUUCACCCAGAAAGGCGCUUUAUCUACUAUCGAGGGGCUUUUGGACAGAGCAGUGGCCGGCUUGGAACAAGAUCAGGUGUUGAGGCGAAUACAGGACCCCGAGGUGGCAGCGCAACUGGACGAGUUUAUUGAGAAGUUGAAAGCUCUCAAGAAUGUGGAGUCGGAGUUUAGUUUUGUCAUAGAUGACCCUUCGGGGAAUAGUUUCAUUGAGAAUCCUUUAGCGCCACAGCAAGAUCCAGAUCUGACAGUCACCCGCUACAGGAGGAGCGAGGCCCAGAACUCGGUACUGGGGAUCCAAGAAGAGGACCCCGAACCGGAACUGGAACAUCCAGGUUUUGUGGAAAGUUUAAAGAACGAGGUGUUGGUAUUCAACACCAACUGUCCCGAGUGCAAUGCGCCUGCUCACACCAACAUGAAGCUCGUUCAGAUCCCACACUUCAAAGAGGUGAUUAUAAUGGCCACCAACUGUGACAGCUGUGGCCACCGCACCAACGAGGUGAAAUCAGGAGGAGCGACAGAAGAGCAAGGAACCAAAAUCACCCUGAACAUCGCCCAGCCCAUUGACAUGAGCAGAGAUCUCUUGAAGUCUGAGACGUGUAGUGUUGAAAUCCCGGAGCUGGAUUUUGAGUUGGGAAUGGCAGCGCUGGCCGGCAAGUUCACCACCGUGGAAGGACUUCUCAAAGACAUUAAGGAUCUGGUGAUGAAGAACCCGUUCACCUGUGGAGACUCUGCCGUGAGCGAGAGAGGAGACAAGCUGAGGGCCUUUGCACACAAGAUGGACGCCAUCAUAUCAGGAGAGCUGAAGGCCAGGUUGGUGCUUGACGACCCGGCGGGUAACAGCUACAUCCAGAAUAUCUGCGCUCCGGACGCCGACCCGCAGAUGGAGACGGAGAAAUACACGCGCAGCUACGACCAGAACGAGGAGCUGGGACUCAACGACAUGCGGACGGAAAACUACCAGCAGGAGGAGCCCUAGAGCCAUGAGGUUGGCGCUGGACCCGCAGAUGGGGGCGGAGCUUCAAGCAAAAGGAUAAUGAUGAACAGGAGGACUCCUGAAGUCACAAAGUUGCUACACUGCAAAAAAAAAAUCUUAAACUUUUUUUUUUUUUUUAGUUUUGAGUAAAAAGCAUAUAGUCAAUCUUAAUGUCAAUGAGAAUCCCCUGAUAGGUGAUACUUUUCAUACAGAAUCAAGAACUUGGAAUUUAGAACAUUUAGACUCGUUGUGCUUGUAACACGCAAACAAAAUCUCACCAAGUGAAAAUUACUUUCCCCAUGGACAAAUUUCUUGAAAUAAGUCUUAAAGUUUUAAUUCAAAGUACUAGUUAAUGUGUGAUUUUGACCUCAAUUAAGAUUGACGUGAUUUUUUUACUUGAAACUAGAAAAAGUUUUUUCAAGAUGUCUUUUUUUUCAGUGUGGCCAGGCCUAAAGCUUCAAAUGCAUGGCAAUUUGUAAUUUAAGUAGACAACACUUAGUCCUUAAGUGUCCGUUUAAGUUGAAGAGUUUAUGAAUGUGGAAGGGUGCAAAGAGACCCCAAGCCUUAUUUCAACACAUAACUAUUUAUUCAUAAUAAUAAUAAUAAUAAUAAUUUCAUUUUAUAUAGCACCCUUCAAAACACGGUUUUGACAAGGUUGUUUAAGAACCCUUGAAGUUUGCGAGCUGAAAAGCGACCUUUUUAUUUUAAGAAUCGAUAAUAUAGAGGUCACGUCAAAUCGCUUUACUGUGUAAAUGUGACGGUCUGAACAUUAGUAUGCACAUGUUUUAUUCUAGAAUGUUGCCAUUGUUACGAACAUUCUAAUUGUCAUUGUUGGCAUUGUUACGAACAUUCUAACCAUUUAACCCCUCUGUUAAAAAAAAAAAAGGUUGAAAACCACUGGUCAAACACCCCUUUGACAUCAUCAUAAGCCUGCCAACGCCCCCCAUAGUAUAUUAACAAUUAGAUUGUCUGCCGACACCCCCGAUGGCAAUUCAGCACCCAUCUGCCCAGUCAGCUUUAUCCACCUUUACGCCCCCUCUAGGGCUACACAAUGCCCCCCUAGGGUUCCCCAAUUCUAUAGGUCCCCUGUUGAGAAAUAUUAUAGGCCAUAAAUGAAUUUUAUUUGCAUUUGCAAUCAAGUCAAGUGUUUGGGGGGUUUUGUCUUUGUUCAUGUAAGUGUCAGAAGAUCGUUUCCUCUUUUCUCUUCUCUUUUCUUCUCAUCUCUUCUCAUCUCUUUUGUCUUUUAUUUAAAAAGGGUUAUUGGACAUAUAUUUUAUUUGAAGUUGCAAACAAAGUCAAGUGUACAUGGGUUUCUUUGUACGUGUCCAAAAACAUAACAGUUGGCUCAUGUCUGUGGUCUGGUUUUAUAGAAAUAUAUCCGGUAUGGAAUUACACACGUUUUGUUAUGUGCCACCUGAGGAAAUAAAGCCGUGGGAUGAUUCAAGUCA